AUGGAAGCGUUAAAAUUCCGCGAAAAGUGCGUGCCAGUGUUGCCAGACGCGCCCGCAACUAUGCCAGUGCGCGGAGUUGGUACCCGACACGGCCGCAUCAACGAAUUGCACCGAGGCACAGCGAGUCCAGAUCGAGUGCCAAGGGUCGCGCGGUAUCUCCGCGUCGAGCGGGGGCGUCUUGGUUUCGCGACGGCUCGCCGCCGGGAAGACCGGGGCACGCCUCGCCGCCGCUCUCUGAGCCGUGACGUCCGGCCGGGGUCAGCGAACGCGGCGACCCUCCGGGAUGCCGUUCGCAUGCGCCCGCGCCCUUCCCGGGGCACCACGCACCACGCACCCAGCACCAAGCACCGCGCGAUGUCUCAAUCGGCCCUCGGC